UGCUGAACACACACACACUCACACAUACACACAAGCUCCUGGCUGUCCCAAUGCUUUUCCAUUGAGGUGAUUAAGCGUUGUGAUGAUGGGACAUCCGGGCGACAGGUAGGAAUGUGUGAUCACAAUAUACACUUUGUGUUCAACUUGAAUUUAAAUUUAUUUUGAGCAAAGGAUCGUCUUUAAUGUGUUAGCUCAUUAGCUUCAUUGCCAGUGCUACACACGUAGUCACCUUUUAGUUUUGUUGUCAUUGUUCUGUUGCAUUGCCAUCGUGUGGUGACACAUUGGACAGCAGGGACCGUUGAAGGCACAUUUAAAGGAAAGGAACAAAAGACGUAAACACUGUGAAGACAACAAUUGCCGAAGAAGUAUUUUGACGUGGAAUCAUCUGGACUUUGUUUACAGCUUUUCAACCAAGUGGUAGAUCCAACCAGAAGGUCUGAGGCCUUCCUGCCUGGGACCUUGGCAAGGAUGGACUGGUUUUAAAUGUCCAGCAAGUUUCUUUUUUUUUUACUUCAAGGACUUCUGAGGUUUUCUAGGCUAAACUUCAACAAAUCUCAAACUUGCAGAGUUUGAGAUUAGUCCAAUGGGUCCAUGAACCUUAUCCACCAGACUUUGUUUUUGGCAGUUCCUCCCAAACCUGAAUCAAAGCCUACAACUCGAGUCUGGACCUUAUCUUGUUGCUAAGACGUGUGACCCUAAUGUUGAGUCUAAUGGCGACUUCAAAAGCCACCAAUAACCAGGGAGGGCGAGUCACUGGACAUUCAGGAUGAAGUGGCGAUCCAUUUUACUAACAUUUCUCUUUCUGACUUGCCGGUGUCACCAGCCUGUCACCGGGGACUCUGCGUCCUCAGAUGAACGCUCAGACAUCGGACACGAUGAGGACGUGCACCCCAACGCCCUCACAGAAACAAACGCAGAUGUACUGGACACGAACAUUCAAACAAGCCGGGAUGUACCAGACACAAACUUUGAAAGAAAGUGGGACAUCGACAAGGACGACUAUGAGGACGCCGACUGGCAUCCUCCUUCCUCCGUCCUGGAAACACACCCCGACCUGUCCCCAGAGAUCGGGACUUCCUCGUCAGAACAGUGCGGGGAGUACAGCAGCCAUCUGACAUCAAGCGGCCAUUGCCGACUGAUGGCCACGCUGCCCCCGGUGGCCGUGGGAACGUCGCAGAAACGCUGCCCGGACAUGUUCCGCUGCACAGACGACAUCUCGUAUUGGCUCCACGAGAACCAGAACAGGAAAGAGCAGCUGGACGACCUGACGGAGACAAUGUCAGAGCUGCAGGAGGAGCUGAGGAACCACAGCCGUCGAAUCACAGCCCUGGAGGAGCAGGGUGUAGAAAGUGUCGGUGUGAACUUGACCUUUGACCAGCGGUUGAGUUCUCUGGAGCUGCGUCAGGUGGAGGUCGACGCGCUCUUCCACGUGCACGGCACGCUGCUGUACGAGCUGCAGGCGCAGCUGCGGAACCUGUCGGCGGCCCUGGAGCGCGUGGGCCGCAAAACGGGCUGCAAGGUCAACGUGGUCCGGACCUCACCGCUGCUCGGCAUGAGAGACACACCAGCGAGACAGCACCUGUCUUCCUGUUCAUCCGACUGUGCGUCUCUGUAUCACAAUGGUGUUCGUCACUCUGGUGUGUACAACAUCACUGCCUCGCCGGGCACCGUCCUGCCAGUCUACUGCGACAUGGAACAGAGAGGUGGGGGCUGGACGGUGUUCCAGAGGCGGCGCGACGGCUUGGUGAGUUUUAACCGCGGCUGGUCCGAGUACCGCGACGGCUUCGGCGAGCCGCGGGGAGAACACUGGCUGGGCAACCAGAAGCUCCACCUGCUGUCCAACCAGGGCAACUACAGCCUCCGCAUUGAGCUGCAGGACUGGAACCAGGUCCACAGACACGCCCUGUACCACAGCUUCAGGAUAGAGAACGAGGAGAACCGGUACCGCCUCCACGUGUCCGGUUUCAGCGGCACCGUGGAGGACUCGUUCGGGUGGUACCACGACCAGCAGGGCUUCAGCACGCCGGACACCGGCAACAUCUGUGCCGAGAUCAGCCACGCGGGCUGGUGGUUCCACCAGUGCUUCUACGCCAACCUCAACGGCGUCUACUACAGGGGCGGGCACUACUCUCUGAAAGCUCAGAACUUGCUCGGGCCGGACGGCAUCGUCUGGUUCUCCUGGAAGGACUCGGACUUCUACUCUCUGAAGGUGGUCACCAUGAUGAUACGACCACGCAACUUCAGGCCACGCUUGUCGCCAUAGAGACGCACCAAAACGACUUUCAGCUUCUUGUGACUGCUAGCUGCUUCGAGGGGCCGCUAGAAAGACUCAAGAGCACCAAAUAUACACUACCGGUCAAAAGUUUGGGGUCACUCAGAAAUUUCCAUUGCACUCCAUUAUAGACAGAAUACCAGCUGAGAUCAGUUGCAUUUGUUUUUUUAACCAGGGCAGUAAUCAGAUUACAUUAUGUGCUUUCAUAACUGCAAAUAGGUUUGCCAGUGUUUUUCUAGUUAGUUUUUUAAAAUGAUA